CCUAAACCAUAUAACAGUGAGGAAAAUGGAGGAAAACCCUAUGAAUUUAUAGAUGACAGGAAAUCCUUUAUUACUCUGAAAAGUAAUCAAAGAGAAAUAGUAACACGCAUUGAAAAUGGGCCUUAUAAACGCAUAACAUGUGGGAAAGCCUUCAGUUAUCCUAGUUACCUUCGAAAACAUGAAAAAACUCAUUCUGGACAGAAUCCCUACAAAUGUAAACAAUGUGGUAAAAACUUUAAAUAUUCUGUUUCCCUUCAAGUACAUGAACAAACUCAUACUGGGGAGAAGUCCCAUAAAUGUAAGCAAUAUAGUAAAUCCUUCAGUUCAUCCAAGUACCUUCAAGUUCAUAAAAGAACUCAUACUGAACAGAAGCCCUAUGAAUGUAAACAAUGUGGUAAGACUUUUACUUAUUUAAAAAAAUGUUCAAAAACAUAUGACAGCACACAGUGGGAAUGGAUGUUUUAAAUGUAAGGCUGGUGGGAAAGCAUGUAAAAUACAUGUAAGAGUUCAUGCUGUCGAGAAGCCCUAUGAAUGUAAACAAUGUGAUAAAGCCUUCUUUUUUGCCAAAGAUGUUCAAAGACAUAUGCUAAAGCACCCCAAAAACAAGCCUUUUAAAUGUAAGUUAUGUGGGAAAGCCUAUCAAUUUCUCUGUGAAUUUAGAAGACAUGAAAGAGCUCAUACUGGAGAGAAGCCCUAUGAAUGUGAACAGUGUGGUAAGGCCUUCAGUGUUUCCAGUUCCUUUCAUAGACAUAAGUGAAGUCAUUCUGGGGAGAAGCCCUAUGAAUGUAAACAAUGUGGUAAAAGCUUCAAGUGUUCUGGUUCCCUUCAAGCACAUGUGAGAACUCACAUGGGAGAGAAGCCCUAUACAUGCAGACAAUGUGGUAAAGCCUUCAAUUAUGGUAGUACAUUUAGAAGACACAAAAAAAUUCAUACUGGAGAGAAGCCCUAUGAAUGUAAACAGUGUGGUAAAACCUUUCCUUAUUCUAGUUGCUUUCGAAGAUGUGAACGAGUCCACAGUAGAGAGAAGCCCUAUGAAUGUAAACAGUGUGGUAAAGUCUUCUUUACCAAUUAUGUUCGAAAGCAUGAAAGAGUUCAUACUAAAGAAGAGCCCUAUUAAUGAAAAAAAAUAGAGUAAAGCCUUUCACUAUUACAGUGCUCUUUGUAAACAUAAAAGAACUUACCCAUGUGCCAGUGGUUCACACCUGUAAUCCUAGCUAUGCAGGUGGCAGAAAUCAGGAGGAUCAUGGUUCAAA